AAGUUGUGUGAGGAGGUAGCAGGGCUGAGGGGGAGUUUGGAGUUUAGCCAGAGUGAAAAUCUCACCCUCCUAGGAGAGAACAAGGCACUCACAGCCAAGGUAAAAACCCUCGAUUCCAACAUGGAUUGUCUACUCAGUGAAAACAGGGUGAUGAGGGAGUCGCUACUAGACAUACAAACCCGUAGCAUGCGUGAAAAUCUAAUAUUUUCUGGGAUUCCUAAGGACGCAUCCAAUAAUCCAGAAGGGGCAAUCAGUUCAUGCAAUCCGCCUUCAUGCAAUCCUCUAGAGACUGUAAACAAAGUGUCUUUCCACCGAGUGCACAGACUUCGAUCUCGGAGCGACAAGACCAAAGGUCCCCGACCUAUCAUUGCAAAAUUUGAUAAAAAGCAGGGGAAGGGAGCUUAAAGGCUCAAAAUUCGGUCUCAAUGACCAAUUUCCCCGGGAGAUAAACGAACGUCGCAAGAAGCUGUAUCCUGUACAGAGGCAACAGAGGGAGAGGGGUAAACGUGCCUUUCUCAUUGUGGACAUACUCUUUAUAGACGGACAGCUCUUC